AUGAACCAUCUUUUUGGUCAAGAGCUGCUGAAAUAUAUGGGCAACUAUAAAUUCUUCAUAGCUAUAGAGAAUGCCGUAUGCAACGAUUAUAUGACGGAGAAGUUGUGGCGGGCGAUUCAAGUGGGGACAGUUCCGAUCUACUUCGGAUCGCCGCUGAUCAGGGACUGGCUGCCGAACAACAAGUCGGCCAUACUGCUGGAGGACUUCCCCACGCCGGAGCUGCUCAGCCAACACUUGCACUACCUCCUGAACAACGACACGGCGUACGAAGAAUACCUCGAGCAUAAGACGCUAGGAAUCAUUUCCAAUCAGAAACUUAUAGAUGAAAUAACAUCAAGGCCUUUCCAAACUGACUUAGCUAAGGCGGCUAAGGCAUUUGAAUGCUUUAUCUGUGAAAAAGUUCACAAUAAAAGUAAGACAAUUAAUAUAGUUACGAAGAAGCAUUAUGACUGCCAGACGCCUACAUCUGCUUUGACUCUGUCUGUGAACCCGAAAAACCCCUGGUUACAGUUCAUGAAGCAAGCAAAAUCGAUGGUAGACCAAACUUACCGAGAGAUUUGGGAUCCAAAUACCACUUAUCGGCAAACUAACACGAGAUGGUGGUAUUUUUGGGGGUAG